AUGCUUUUCAAAUAUUCCUCCUUAUUAGCUCUCGCUACCUUCUUUUCAUCCAUCGCAGCAGACGCGAAACAUAAUCCCGUAAAGGACGCUCUCUCCAACUUCUUCUUUUCGGUCGCUGCUGGCAAGCCCUUUGAUCCACCAGACAAGGACGUCACCCAUGCAACUGUAUGCCUUCUCCUCCUUUCAAUAUCCCACAAACGACUUCUUGAUCUAGCUAACCCACCACUAGUUCGAUGAAGCAGGAAAUAUCCCCCUCCGACCUCUUCGGCAAGUAGGCACGUAUAAAGGAAUCAGCUACAAUGGCUUCCAACUCGUCUCGCUGCCCGCAGGCGGGUUGAUAGCACAAUCCGGCAACAACGUAGCCCUAUACGGCACCCAAGGCGCUACCAAUCUUGGACGGCCGAAUCUGGAAACCGCUGAUAACCCAUUCGAUUUAUACGAGUUUUACUUUGGGUGUGUGCUUCUCGGGACUGACGGGCCGAUAUUUGAUUCCCCUCAGCCGUGCACUCUUACCAUCAAAUCUGAGCGACAAGAUGGGUCUCAGUUUAGCCAGCAGUUCCGGUCUGCACCUGAUAGCCCGCUGCAAGCGAGGAUGUUUCGAGCGAUUGUUGAUAAGAAUUUUACGGGGAUUAGGGUUGUGCGGUUUGAGACUUUGCCUGAUUUGCAGGUCGUUACGAUUUUCGAUAAUUUCGCCUAUACUUUGAACACGAAAUGA